UAUUAUUUUAAAAUGAUCAUUAUUGUUGUUUUCCUGUGGCAGAAUUCUGAUCCCGCUCCAGGUCAGCAGGUGGCGGUAAUGCACCAAUAACCACCAUAAAACCUAAAAGUAGAAGAAGAACACCACCAAAGAAGUAACCCGGAAGUGUGCUCAUCAACGUGAGCUGUGAGGGUUCGUUGAUGAAAUGGAAGGGGUGUCAGAUGACAUCACAGUGACCUCAUCAAACAGGAAGUCCACUGCUGUCACAGGAACUGCAAGAAAGAUCAAAGACAACGCGGCAGAUUGGCACAAUCUGAUCCUAAGGUGGGAAAAACUCAACAAUGAAGGAUUCACAGCGGCGGGAAACAUCAUCAACAUCAGACAGACACACUCCCAGAGAGAUCAGCUGCUGCUGGCUGAUGAGUCUUCGUCAUCCUCAUCAUCUUCAACAGCUCCCUCCCAGCAGACAGGGGGCGCUGCAGAGCUGCAGGAAGAAUGCAGCAAACUGAAAGACGUCGUCGACAAGAUGGUUGUCGUAGUGACGAAGAUGGAGCGUCUGGUGACAUCACAGCGAGGCAUUCAGGAGCUGGAGCAGUUUCAGUUCGGACCUGAAGGGAGAAAGUUUCCUCUGUUUCACACCUGGAACACCAAACAGUUUGACGACUUGUGUCGUGUCCUGUUGGACGCGUUCUGUCAGGAGUUGAAGUUGAAGCAGAUGAUCCUGCAGGAAGUGGCUCACACAGCGACCUCUGACCUCUGCAUGGUCUACCUGUCCUGCUGGCUGCACCUGCCAUACAUCCCCCCGCAGACCAGACUGAACCUGGAGGCUCUGCUGCUAGAGACCGGGCACCGCCUGCUCUGAUGUCAUUGACCUCCUGAGUCAUGCUGUUUAACACAAGAGUGUGUAUAACACAGGAGUGUAUUACACAGGUGUGUAUAACACAGGAGUGUGUUACACAGGUGUGUAUAACACAAGAGUGUUUAUAACACAGGUGUGUAUAACACAAGAGUGUGUAUAACACAGGAGUGUAUUACACAGGAGUAUAUCACACAGGUGUGUAUAACACAGAUAUGCUGUGGGACUGCUUCCUGCUCCAGGUGAGCUCAGAAGACGAGAAGCCGGACUGAACCUUGAGUGUCUGUGAUUUGUUCAGUUUCUGUCUCUGGAGUGUUUGUAUAAGUUUAAUACGAACAUGAAAGAAUAAGCAUAUUUAAUUAAUUCAACUUUGAACUUGUAGAAUAAAUUAAGUUUCUUGUCUACCACUGCA